UGACCAUGAAUAUGUAUGCAGGGCAUUUAUAACUAGUUUCUUUAUAAUUAAGGCCUUGUAGCCCCAAACAACGUUUGCCCGUGCGGUUGACUCAUUCUUCAUUGUCAAAAAUGGAAGAACUGUGCAUUCACACCGCAAUCCAUAGCCGAUAUCAGGUCUUCGACGCCUCGGGCCAACAUCCUUUUAGUAUUGUCUUUGGUCUUUGUCGCCGCCAGCCAAACGAUAUAGAUACACGACCUAUAAUCUUGCAUACUGCGAACUCAUUCCUGGACGUGCCCUACGCGAUUGCCCACGGGCUCCUUACACUUCAUGAGCAUCAUGGAGAAGACGGGCAGGAGGUACGGGUUGAUUUAGUAGGCCGUCUGAGACUAUCCGAGAGCGAGUUUGGAACAUACCUUACCGUUCCUUCGCCAGUUGACCGAGCAGUACACUGGCGGGAAGCGAUGGCUAUCUAUCAGUAUCCGAUAGAGCCUGAUAGCGAGCUAGCCUCAGUGCUACGACCGGGCAGGAAGUACACCAUUCGGCUGGCUGGCAAAGAUCUAGGCGUGAAGUGGUGGGCUUACGGCGACAAUGAUCAACUCCCGAGCAACGAAGCGUUCACUACAAGGGCCUUAGAGACCGCUAAAUUGGUCAACAGUAAGCCGUCAGCGGGCAAAGCGAGUUUUGCGGUGUUGCCGGCAUUACCGCGCCCGCCGAAGGUGGAGACGCACAUGCGAUUGUGCCGGAGCGAGGAGACUGUCGACGACUCAGAUGGCGUGGGUGCUCUGGCGAUAUCGGUUUUGAACACCGGGGACCAAUCAGUCACCAUCCAGACACGCGGCCAGCAGCGCUUUUUAAUGCCGUGGGGUCCUUUCCAACCUGAAGAAAUCGAAGCUUCCCAACCUCGAAUCAUUGACGCAACAUCACCGGCACCUAACUCUGGCCUCCUGGUAGUUGAUGCUGCUACAGGCGAUGUAGUACGUCAUGCUAUGAAGCCCGGACCGUGCGACGGCUUAACCGACUCGAACGUCGACCACCGCCCGAAGCUGGGAUCAUUGGUUACUUUGAUCGCGGGCGAGCCGCUUGUCAGGCGCGUAGAUAUUAGCGGGUUACUUAAUGGGAUUCUAGACGGAAAGUAUCGCAUCCAGAUGCUGCCUCGGGGGGUAUGGUGGUGCGUCGGUAGCUACACGGAGAUUAGAAACGAGGGAGAUGGAGAUGAUCGAGUACCGCGGCGAUUGUAUCAAACCAAAAUUCCACCUUUGAUGUUAGAAACGGAAGAUACCGUGGAAGUACGGAUUGAAAACGGGAGGAUUAAAAAUUAAUUUAAGUGCCAGGUUUAUUACCGUGUAAAAAUAGAGUACAUAGUUACUGCUGGUGCUUUUGUCAGUCGGCGUAGACGUGGACUUGACGGCGGCGGGGCUCGGCGACGGGGACAGACAUAGUGGU